GAUAGAAGGCAUAGCAGACGACAAAUGAGAGCGCGACAGUUUUGACCACUGGCAGACGACACAGUAUGAGAGGGAGGGCUGAACGGCGCAGACGACUGGUGUUCAGCUGUUUGGAGGAUCGUGUCAAGUGUUAGCCGUGUGUUGAGCGUAAACAUAGACGAUUAGAAAAGACUUAGUCGAACACUCGGCGUAUUGGGACUCUGGUAGCUGUGAUAGGAAACAAGGAACGUAAACUACCCAGAGGGAUUACCAUAAACUGUUAUGAGUUGACUGUUGAGGAAAUGCAUGUUCUACUCAAAAUGUUCCCUUGCAACCGACUGGCAAACUCCAGAAGUGUCAAACCUAUUUGUACAUAGCGGAUCAAACAAGGUAUACAGCACCCCAGGUUAUUUGUGUGUGUCUUAUUUACAGCAGAGAUUAACACUGAAGGGAGAUAUUUGCCAUAGUUAAUGUUUUUUAGCUACUUUGCAUCUUACAGAGUCCCCGGAAGAAGAGAUUUGUUUGCAUCCAGUGUGAAGAGAACAGCAGAAUCUCCGCUAUCACAAGUCUGACCUGAACGCAAUGCACAGUGUUAGGAUAUAGAUUGUGGCGUCGGCAUAACACACGUGUUGCCUUCUGGAUGACAACAACUCCUGCUGCUCUUAAGCUGGUAGUUACAGGAGGGACGUCAAACUCUUGUGGCAUUGAUCCCGUUUCAUCAAGGGGGGAUCUCUGAGGAUCAACCAAGUACUUUCAAUAUUGAGUCAACUUCCUUCACGUCAAGGUAUAUGUAGUUUCGGGACUGUUAACUAAAUUCAACAUGGAAACUUCACAGAUUAUACAAGUCGGGACAGAGUAUGUUGCUGCGACUGAGAGAAUCAAUACAGCGUUGGCAACGCUAAGGAGAGAACUGACUGCAAUGCGAGAACAGGAUCUGAAGCUUCUCAAGCAGCUCAUCCACAUCAACGAGACAAUCCGGCGUCUUAGCUCGGGCCGUCGUGCACUUCAUGAAGGUUCCUCUUCCUGCAACGUCAGGCUCAACAAUUCACACAACGGCUACUCUACCCUCCCUGUGCGGAAGCCCCCGUUGCUGCGACAGCAAAGUGAGCCCAGGUUCUGUCUUGAGGAGAAGAAUCUCUCAAGAACCAGUUCCACAUCCAGUGAGCAGGACACCCUUGGGUCUCAAGAAGAUUUCUUGUACAGCUCUGGUAGUGAACUCGAAGACAGUACGUCAUCUCUACGUCUUCUCAAGCAAAGGUUUCGACCUCGUUCCUUCUCCUUCGUGUCUGCAGUCAGCUUCCCCGUGGACGGACUCACGGGUGGAGACUCCACCUACGACGAGAUCCUGAAGAGGAACAUCAGGUUGUGGAAGUGGAGUCAAACUCAGGAUGACCAAGUGUUUGAGGAGGAGGCUCCAUCGCAAGUUGAUACAGAGGCAGAGCGGUAAUAGGAGCCUGAGGACCAGCAUGCUCUGUUGUUGUCUCAAUGAUGCUCUUCACGGCGUCAGUGGAUCCUUAAUGAGUCAGUGGAUUCCACUGAGCCGUUUGAAUUUGUAUCUGGGUCCUUUCGACAUUUGUUGCAGCACAUGUACUGUCUUCGUCUGUGCUUGACUUCCGCAAUGAAAUGUCAAGACCAUCAGAUGAUUGUUCUCAAGGCUGUGGCAGUGGAUGGUUAUCGGAACACAGGACAUCCUCGAUUGAAUUGAGGGCGUAUUGACUGUAGAAAUGCAUGGGAUAUGUUUUGAUGAACAUAGAAAGCAUAUGAACACGGAAAGAAGGAAUAGAGGAAGAUGUUUAUAGUAGUGAUUUGUUUAUUUAAGAUUGAACGCUGAUUGAAUGUGACAAAGCGAUGGGUACCUCUUCUCUGAGAUAAUCCCAAGAAACAUCCAAGACCCAAUGACAGUGACACCGGUGCAUGGUUUCAGAUAAAAUAGACUGUUGCUUAGACCAAUAAGACCACAGUUUGAAAUGUAUUCCCAUGAACGUAAAAAGAUGCAAUGAUGAGCAACAUUUAACGUUGGCGAUCAGUUCAGAAAUAUUUUGACUAGAACUGACGUCAAGAUGUCGGUGGGUCCAUGGCAAAUAUACGCGCAAUAAUGUAAUGUUUGAGCUGUUGAGAGUGCUCAGUACGUCCUCUAACGUCCGCUGACAGUGAUAGAUAUGAAUACGGUUGUGAAUGGCAGGUUAACUUGUCUUAAACGUUCGUUAGGAAACCUACCUUAGCAGAUAUUGAAAAGUGUCUAUAACAAAUGUGCCAAAUCAUUUGGAUAUUAACCACACUAUCAUUCCAGAACCACUGAACACUACUGCACGUUUGCCUUUACCCAUAAUCGCAUUAUAUAUGUGUGAGAGUGCCUUAAUUGAAUACAAACCCGUGCAGUGUGAGUUUGAUUUAACGCCGCAUUGUUCCAGAAAUAUAUAGGACACCAGUAUUCACAUGUCUUCGGGGUGACGGGCCAACAAUUUUAACACCACCAACUUUUUUUUAAGGCCACGUAGAAGGUCUAAUUCUAAGUUGCUAUUUAGAAUGACUAAAAAACAUCUUACAGGUAUUGUUUUAUGAACGUAAGGAUGAAUAUGGAAUUUUGUUUUCAGAUUUCUACCUGAGCGUAACGUAUACAUUUGGGUAAGAUUUUAUGUCUGCGCGACUUCAACCUGAUGACAUUUGAACUAUUUGGAAUUUGGACGCUGAACGCAACCAAGUUUGUUCACCUUGAGGUAUUGGAAUUCCUCCUGAAGGUGUACACCAGACAGAGCCUGCGCGUUCUGGCCAUCUGCCUUGGACGUUAUGAUGGCAGACCAAAUCGUCUAAGGUGCCGAAAUCCGCUGUAAAGAUACGAAUCCCAGAUUGGCCCUGUUUCUAGGUUUGUCAGCUCGCGGAUUUCACCUUAGUGGUAAUCGUCUAAGACUUGCAUCAUGCGGGGCGGUCGGGUAGCCUAGUGGUUAAAGCGUUCGCUCGUCACGCAGAAGACCCGGGUUCGAUUCCCGACAUGGGUACAAUGUGUGAAGCCCCUUUCUGGUGUCCCCCGCCGUGAUAUUGCUGGAAUAUUGCUAAAAGCGGCGUAAAACCAUACUCACUCACUCACUCACUCACUCACUUGCAUCAUGCGGUAUUUCCUCCCACCUCAAGCUGACACGCCGUGUUAUAACUGAAAUGUUGUUCAAUGGCGCUUAAAACCAACUCACGAAUUAAUGUGACGACAUUUAAACAUGUCUGUGAUAUGUUAUAUAGACGUGCAGUGGCGGGCGAGGAGUGAGUGAGUGAGUGAGUGCAAUUAACGCGACUUGGCAAUAGCGCACCUACAUCGCGGGAAACACUCAGAAUGACAAAUUGUAGCUAUACUAGGAAUCGAACCCAGAUCGCUGACCCGACUAACCACUGGGCUACUGUAUCGCUCCAUAUGGACGAGGAAACUACUUAUAAAAUUACAACCUGAAACAACAUGUUUACGUUCGAUAUAUAGUGUAAUAAAGACGAUCUUGAAAUAAUAUAUGUCAUAUGUUCCAUUGCCUAUUGAGUCGCAUUUAAAAUAAUAUAUAACGUAAUGGGUCGCCCGAAUUAUUUGAAACAGAAAACAGAUGACAUUAUGUUUGAUACGUUGUGUGGUAUCAAUCUGAAUUACACUUUUUCAAAGCCUAAACCAACAAAACGCAAGUCAAGCAUUCUAGCCGUGUGACAUUUCCGACAGUGACCUCCAUAACAGAAAUUGUGACGCUUCUGAAAGGGCAUUGCAGUUAUGUUAUCAAACCUUACCUCUUGUUGCGCGUCCUACUGUGCAUUCGCAGUCACGUCGAGACUGUAUUUAAGCUCCUCCCAUCAUCCUUACCAUAUGUGGAGCUUUUGUCGUUUCCUGCGUUAAAGGUCAAAAUGGUGGACACAAUUUGCUGUACUUAUUUGAAACAUUCAUCCGACAAUAUGACCAACAACGAUAGUUUCUUGUAUUGUCACCACUGCGUGAGUUUAUCUUGUGCAAAAAGUUGUAUAUUUUAUUAAAUAUUUGAGAAAGUUAUUUUACAACAAAAUGUAUAUAUGAAAGCAAAGUUAUAUUGGUUGCUCCAAUGCUUCUUAUUUAUAUAAACAGUUUCACCCAC